AUGAAAGAGCAAAGGAGUUAACAAGGCAAAACAUAAAAGAACUCAUAAAAUUUUUUAAAGAAGAAAUGUGUAGAUUUUUUUGUUGAGUAAUCUCAUACUUAUUUAGAUUCCUUUGAUAGACCACUAUUUUUAAGUUUGAUUCUACUACUCAUGCGCUAAGCAUCAGUGGUCUUUUUUAAUUUUAAUGCUAAAUAUUAUGAACACAGUAGCAAUUAUUAACAAUCUAGUAAUAAAUUUACUAAGCUAUUUAUUGUAGGAGAAUGGCCAAGUGGCUUGACAAGCUUUUUAAUAUAUAUUAUAUUGAUCUUAAACAUUUUAUUACUAAUUAUUAUUGUCUCCACUUUAUUAUUCUACUUUUUUGAAGUCAAGAUAAAGGCAUAUCGUUUUAUCUCAUUUUUGCUUAAGGUAUAUCCCUAUAGUAUAUUUAUAGCCUCUAUUUAUAUAAAUCUACAAGCUGAAAAUGGAAUAUUCAUUUUAUAAGUAAUAAACGUAGUUCUUACAAUUAUAAUAGAAUUAGCAAUUAUAUUGAGCGAUUAUGACCAUAGAUUCACUAUUAAAGAUUAUCUUUCUAAAAAAAGCUUUAAGAUUGAAAUUAUCCUAUUUUUUUUGCAAAUUUUAGUAUCCUUUUUAUCAAUAUACUCAAAUUAUUAGAUUCUCCCUUUUUUUGCUCUAAUAUACAAUUUAGUAAAUCUGCUUUGUCAAUUUUUCUACCAUCCUUUAAACGAUUUUUAUGCUUAGUCAGUCGAUACUGGAUUAACUACUUCGAAUGUGUAUAUAUCAAUUGUAAUUAUUAUACUUUAGCAAAUAGAGUCAUAAAUUGAUUUUAUAGUUAUUUAUUUAUGCUGUAUCCCUCUAACUUUUUGUGCAGGGAUAGUUAUUCAUGCUCUUAAAAUCAAUCAAAUUUCUUAAUUAAAUUUCACCAUAAAACAAAAUUUACUAUAAAAAUCUCACAUUAGUGAUUCUUAUAUGCAAAAUAUGGAUUUACACCUAAGAUAUGUAUACUAAAACAUUAAUUGCUCUCUCAAAAAUUUUAUUUCUUCUACAAAAACAUUUGUUUUAACUGAAAUAAUUGCAGAACAUCAUCAAUAGUGCUAUUAAUAUCCUAAAUGCUUUUGCGAGAAUCAAAUUGACAAACAAAGCAUGAAUAAUAAUGAUUUACUAGAUGAAGAAAGUAGAAAAUAAUAUCUUCUUUAUUAUAUUUUGGAAGGUUACAGAAAAAUAAUUGAAAAAAACAAAAAUUAACUAAAUCAAUUUUAUUUUAGCUAUUUAGCUUUCUUGAUUAAUGCCUUUGAAAACCAAACCAUGUUUUUUAGAGAAAUCUUACAGAUUAAGAAUAAAUUGAAUAAUAAAGCUUCAUUAAUUUAAAGAUAGCAGUUACACUAUUUUACUUAGCUAGCUUCUGUAGAAUUUAAGCUAGACGCAUAAAAAAUUUAGAAUAUAGAAUAACCAAAGAUAAUGAAUGUCAUUCGCUUUGAUGAGUUGAUAGAAGAAUGCUCGGAGAUAUAUAAAAAUUGCUUGAGCAAGAAAUACCUUCUUCUUACUUUGAUGAGUCAGGAAUUUAUUGAUUUGACAUAAAUUGAAUUUUAAACAAAAGAUUUACAAAAGGAUAGACAUAAUUUACAACAAUAUUUGAUAAACAUAUUUAAUAUAAAUUGUUUAAGUAUUCCUUUACAGAUUCUUUGUGAAGGAUUUGAAGAAUGUUUAACUUUUGAUAGAUACUUUACAAGAUUGUAUUAGAAAGAACGUAAAAAUGGAAAUGGGUAUAAAAAUCAUGUUUAUUUUUAUUCAGAUGAUUCAACAGCUGUCUACGUAUCCAUGCUAUCAGAUGUUGGCAAAAUAGUCAAAGUAGCAAAAAAUUUUUGUGAUGUGGUUCCUGUCGCAUAAAACAAUGCGUAAGUAAUAGGGAAAGAUUUAGGUUUUAUAAUGCCUAAUUAAAUUGCGCAAGUUCACUAAAAUAUUCUGAUAGACUGCCUUGAAAAAAAGAAGCUGAAUGAAGAAAUAAAAGAAUUUCCUCUAUUGUUAGGAAAAGAUAAGGAUGGCUGGUCUAUCCCUUUCAGAUUAAAAAUUUAAAUGUGCAUGAUAGGGAAUGACGAAUUAGGUGCAUGUGGCUGGUUACAAUAAAUUAUUAAUGAUAGUAUAUAUUUAAUGAGCUCUUCACUCUAACAAAAUUUAUAAAUUUGUUUAUUAGAUCGCUAAUUUUAUGAAACAAUAUUUUCUGAUCACAUUAAAUAAAGUGAAUUGAAGCUAAUUAAAUUAUCAAAUAUCAUUAUUAUGCUCAAGCAAAUAGUAGAAAAAGGUGUGCCUGGAAAAAUCUAUGAGGCAAUUGUUGUUUAGCCAGGAUCAUUAAACGAAGCUCUAAUUGAAAGAGAUAAAUUUGAUGAAAAUUUAUUUUCUAAUCUGAUUCAUAUGAAUUUAUUUUAAAUAAAAUUUGCUUUUUAUCCUAAUAACAAUCAUUUUUAUUCAUUUGUUUAAUAUUAAGUAAUCGCUUUGAGACCUUUAAUUUAAGUUAAGCAAAAAAAAGACGCAAUAAGAAAUUUUUAAUUAUAAAUACUUGAAUUUAUGGACGCUGAAUUUAUCAAAGCAACUUUUGACGCUGGGCUUAGAUUGUUAAAUAUGAAUUCAGAACAUUAUAUUUCUAUACCACAUUUAGCUUCUAAAACAAGCAUAUAUAAAUAAAAUUUUGAAGAGUUUGAUGCUUCCAACGAGGAUGAUACUACUUAAAAUAAGAAUGAUUCUUAUUACUAGAAAAUAAGCUUUGUUGACUUGAAUUAAAAAGAUUCACCAAUUCUAAAAGGCAAAAGAAGUAGUUCUAAAAUUUAUUAAGAGGAUUCCCAUAAAAAACUUUUGUUUUAGGAUAAUCAUUUUAUUAAUUAAACAAAGUAAUUUUCUUUAACUAAAAUUCAAUAUGCAGAUUAAAAUUCAAAAGCUUUAGUUAAUAAGCUCAACUCUGAAAAAUCCAUUCAAUCCACUACUAUCCAACAUGCAAAGAAAACAAAUGAUAUAGAAAAUGAUUUUCUUGUCAAUUUAGAUUCAAAUCGUAGUAUCUAGAUUUUGAGCAAUGAGACAGGAAUUUGCUUUUCUCCAUUAUCUACCAACAGAAAGACAUAAAAUAAUCUAUUUGAUUCACAAAAGCAAAUUCUAUAUAAAGGAGAAAAUAAAAUUCUUAGUAAACCAAUAAUGGAAUAUUCUGUAGAAGAUGAUUACAGCCCAUAAAAAAUAUAAAACUUUUUUCAUUCUUCUAAAAAAAUGGAAGUUUCCAUUUCUGAUAAGUUAAAAGUAGUAACUUAAAAUUUAAUUAAUCUUAAAAACCAUUCAGAAAAUUAACUAUCUAAUGAUAAAAAAUCAUCAUAAGACUAAGACAAAAAUAAUUAAAACGCUAAAGAUGAUAAAGACAACAAUAGCACUCAAUCCAGCUAGUAUUCCAAAUCAUCUUCUAUGUAACAAAUAAUGCAGACUAUUCGAUCCAAAUAAUCCUCAAGUGGAUUAAAAUUAAUAAACUUUUUAGGGAUAUUUUCAUUGAUUACAAUAUUUGUACUAAAUUUUGUUUGCUACUAUAGCUAAACAAUCGAAUAAAAUAGAUAGAGAAAGAAUUUUAAUGAAAUAUUCUGGGUUUAUUAAGUUAAGAGAUUUUCUCUACUUGUAUUUGGCAAUUAAAUUUACCUGCUAAGUAUUCUUUCUAAAAUGUAUUAUCUCCCGACAUUAUACGAUUAGAAAUAUUCAUAUGGUCUUGUCCUGUAUACAAAUAAGUAUAUGAAUUCGGCUUACAAAAAUCUAACAAUAGAAAUGUAUGAAGGAGAUCCAUCAUAGAUAGAUGUCUUCAAUAUUGUAGAUAAUUAUUAAAUAAAUCAUACAAUACCAAAUACAAUGAAUCCUUUAUAGUAUACAAAUACGACUACCUAACUCUCUUACCUGAUAAAUUAUUUUAAUAACUAUGUUUUUUAUAUGACAAGCCUUAUAGAUACUUAGCAAUAUAAUUUUAAGGCAGGUCAAAUAAAUUCUGAUAGAAUAUAUUCAGCUCUUGAUGAAGUUUAUGCUUAAAAUAAUGACAUUUUUUAAAAUUACUAAGAUCACAGCAAAUACUUGAUUUAAAUGCAAUUAAUUUUGAUAACUGUAGUUACUCUCAUUUUCUCUCUUUCUAUCAUACCAAUAUAUGCUUACAGUUAAAUAUAAAGAGAAAAAAUUCUUAGACUGUUUGCAACAGUUCCUCCUGAUAAAAUAUAUUUGAUGAUAAAAUCCUUAAACAAGUAUUAUGAAAAGUAAGAACAUUCAGAUUAAAUGAGAAAAAAUAAGUAAAAUGUGGGAAGAUUUUUUACUAUAAAUAUUUAAAAUAAUUACACAAGAAAUUUUACUUAAGCUUAAAGCUAAGCUUAAAGUAAAAGCAUAGGUUAAAAAAGUUAGUAAGGUAUCUAAAAUAAUAUUUUCUCAACAAAUACAGUUGGCAUUAGAGAUUUCAAAAAAAAGAAAAACCUAAGCAGAACUAAUAAAAUAUCUAGGUUUAACUGUAAGAUUAACAUAGGAAUACUUAUAUGCUUAGUUCUAAACUAAUUUUAUCCUAUCUCUAACUAUGUCAUUACACAAAUUUAAAUAGAGAGUUUCAGAAAAAACCUUUAGUUUUUAACAACUUUUAACUCUUAUUAUGACAAUAUCACCUAACUAAUGAAUCUCAAAUACAUGCUAAGCUUCUAUCUUUUAUAUCCUUAAACUCUCAAAGCAACACUACAGGAUUUAGUUUAGAAAUCAAAUUUAGCUAGAAGUCAAACAAGUAAUCUUCUAAAUAGUUUAAUUGGAUCUCUAUCUGAGUUUGAAAGCUAUGAUGGUUAUGCUUAACAAGCAUACUAAAGCUAUCUCUACCCAAUUUUUAAUUAGAAUAUAUGCACAACAAUUUUUGAUCCAGAGCAAAACUAUAUAGAGCAAGUUUAAAUAGAUCCUAUUAAAUGCAAAUCAUUAGGUAAUGGUAUUUACUAAAAAGGACUAUUGAUGUCUUUUAAGUAUAUCAACUAAAUUUUUGAUACUUUUUACUCAGCUGCACUUUCAAAUAAUAUAAAAGUAUUUAUGAAUACUCUUAAUUCAAUGCAGUAAGAUUCAAAAAUAUAUUAAGAGUAUGAGUUCUUACAGUAUUCUCUACUUAUUAACAAAGUUGUUCAUUAAUUUGUUCUAUAAACAUAUUAGUUAUAAUUUGAUUAUAAUUUUAAUCUCUCUCUAAUCAUAAUAACUAUACAAUUUGUUAUUAUAAUAUUAGUAUCCCUGCUAGGUUGGAGAGGUUUCUUUACCUAUAUUAAUAACAAAUCUUAUUAAACUAAGCAGCUCCUAGAUCUAAUAGAUAUAAAUGUAUUGCUUGAUAACCCUUAUGUUAAAUCUUAUUUUAAAAAAAGUAUAUGA